CUUCCUCACAACAAUUGAAAAGUUACGGUGUAUUUUCAUUUCAUUUUCUCUGCCGACUAGACUUUUCUAUUCGCACGAAGAAGAAUCUAUUGCAAGUUACUCACUUUUCUCGCACCACGAAGAUUUAUUCUUCUUUUGCAAAAUGACGAGAUAUUCCAAGUUGAGUGUUGCUUUAUGAAGUUGUGAAUUUGAAGGAAGAACAAAGGUGACUAAUUUUUAACUUAUGAAGCUUGCUUGUACUGUUACUUUAUUGAAAGUUAGGGAGGGUUAUAAUAAUGGAAGAAGGGUUAUGUCAAAACUCAUCAGAUUCUGGUUAUAAGUUAGGGAUUGUAGAUGUUAAACCCUUGCGUAGUUUGGCACCAGUGUUCCCGGAAUGUACGCUAGGUUCUACAUCUGCCCAGCCCCCAUAUGGAUUUUCUCCAUUUUUGCCCGUGGGUGUAAAUCAAGAAUCUCGAGCAUCCCCUGCUCCGACGCCAGCUCCGGUUCCGGCUCCUGCGCCAGCUCCGGUUCCGGCUCCUGCGCCUGCGCCAGUAAGGUCAUUUAGGAGUUCAGUAGUUGAAGAAGAAGCCCCGCGUGGAGCUGAUGGUGAUGGUUCUUCAUCAAUGGAGGGGCUUAGUGGUGCUGCUAAUGACCGAAACCAUGCAGCGCCAGAUAUGUGUGGAAGCAAACCACCUCCUGGUUCUAUUCCAGCUCCGGUUCCAUUAAGGUCCUUUAGGAGCCCUCUGGAUGAAGAAGAAACCCUGCACGGAGGAAAUGGUGAUGGUUCUUCGUCCGUGGAUGGGCUCAAUGGUGUUGUUAAUGACCAAAAUUGUAUGGCACCACAUAUGCGUGGUUGCAAGUCAUCUAACACAUCUAUACCGGCUCCGACUCCAUUACGGGUCUAUAGGAGCCCCCUAGUUGAAGAAGUAAACCUACGUGGACCUAAUGCGGAUGCUGGUUCAUCAUUUGAAGGGUUCAAUGGUGUUGCUAAUGCCCAAAAGCGUUCAGAACCAAAUUCACAAGGCACCAAAUCAUCCCAAAAGAGGAGCAGGGUAAAUCAAGAUUCAGAUUUUGUAUUGUCUUCGUCGAUCAGUCUUAGUCCAGAAAAAAGGAGUGACGCUGACCGUGAGACAGUUAAUUUUGUACUCAUGACAUUUGAUGCUCUUCGAAGAAGGCUAUUGCAACUUGAAGAAGCCAAGGAAUUGAACACGACUGGUGUUAUCAAGCGUGCAGAUUUAAGAGCUAGCAAUACUAUGACACUCAGAGGGGUUCGAACGAACCUGAGAAGGAGAAUAGGAGUAGUGCCUGGGAUUGAGAUUGGUGACAUUUUCUACCUACGAAUGGAGUUAUGUCUCGUGGGCUUACAUGGACAGACAAUGAGCGGAAUCGACUAUGCGACUAUGAAAUGUGAAUCUCAGGAGGAACCUUUGGCUCUAAGCAUUGUUUCCUCUGGAGAAUAUGAUGAUGAUACAGAGGAUAAUGAUAUUUUGGUAUAUAGUGGUCAGGGUGACUUCCACAAGAAAGAUAAGAAUGCGACUGAUCAGAAGCUUCAAAGGGGUAAUCUUGCUUUGGAUAAAAGUUCACAACGGCAUAAUGAAGUAAGAGUCAUCCGUGGACUGAAAGAUGCUACUAACAAAAGCACAAAAAUAUAUGUUUACGAUGGUUUGUAUAAAAUCCAAGAUUCUUGGAUAGAAAGGGGGAAAUCUGGUGGUGGCAUUUUUAAGUAUAAGUUUGUAAGAUUGCCUGAACAGCCCAGUGCUUUUGCUGUUUGGAAAUCAGUUCAGAAAUGGAAAGAAGGCACCCUUUCAAGGAGUGGUCUUAUUAUUAAAGAUCUCUCUUCAGGAAUCGAGAGUAUUCCUGUAUCACUUGUCAAUGAGGUUGAUAAUGCAAAGGGUCCUGGUUUCUUCACUUAUGUUCAUUCUCUCAAAAACCCAAAACCAUUUGGUUCAAUUAUGUCUUCUCAUGGAUGCAAUUGUAACAAAGCAUGUGUCCCAGGAGAUUUGAGUUGCUCUUGCAUUCAAAGAAAUGUUGGUGAUUUUCCAUAUAUUGCAAAUGGUUUUCUAGUAAGUCGGAAGCCAUUGGUUCAUGAAUGUGGCUCUAUGUGUCGUUGUCUUCCGAAUUGCAAAAAUCGAGUGUCCCAGUCUGGUUUAAAGCAUUACAUGGAAGUGUUCAAAACGAUGGAUCGAGGGUGGGGUCUUCGAUCAUUGGAUCCUAUUCGUGCUGGUACUUUUAUUUGUGAGUAUGCAGGAGAAGUUGUUGACAGAGCCAAGUUAAGUGUGAACGGGAGGGAAGGAGAUAAUGAGUACAUAUUUGAUACAAGCCGUAUUUUUAAACCUUUCAAGUGGAACUAUGAACCUAGCUUAUUGGAAGACGGGGCUUCAAGUGAUGGCAAUGAAGAUUAUGAUAUACAAUCCCAUCUAAUUAUAAGCGCCAAAGAUUUUGGGAACGUGGCUAGAUUCAUGAAUCAUAGUUGCUCCCCAAAUGUUUUCUGGCAGCCAGUUGUAUAUCAUGAAAACAAUCAAUCCUUCCUUCACAUUGCAUUUUUUGCCCUAAGACACAUUCCUCCGAUGACAGAGUUAACAUAUGAUUAUGGAGUUACCCGCUCUGGUCAUGCUGAGGGUAGCAGUUCAUCCAAGGGAAGGAAGAAAUGCUUUUGUGGAUCCCCAAAAUGUUAUGGUUCUUUUGGUUGACAUUUUUGCUGCUGUUUCUUAUAGACCUGCGUGUUGCUAGCAAUUGUAUCCAAGGAUGAAGAGGUGAAGAAGGCAUGUGAUGUCGUCAAUGGCAGAAUCCACUUUUGUUGUUCCAACUUAGUUGACACAUGCUUGCUUUGAUUAUUCAAAUUGAUCCACCCAGAUUUUGAAAAGGAAAAGUAAACUAGUUGGUUUAGAUUGUUAGAAAAUUCUUGCCCAGUCUAAGUUUAUAGGGUGGAAACUUUGAGUGAGGUGUGUAGUUAUGAUUCUUGGGACUAGAAAGUAUCAUCAUAUUUAAUCUUCAGUCCUUGAGUUAUGUAACCAACUAAUGUUGAUUUAGAGGAUACUUGUUUUCAUAUUUGGGAUUAAAGAAGCCGAUUUGUGAAACCAUGCUGGUUAUCCAAUCAAAAGCGUUAUUAUCAGCAUUCACUAGACUCUUAUGCUUACUUUUGGGAGAGUUGUUAAUUGUACCUAGUUUUUUAUGUUGGGAUCUGAGUCUUUAUUAUGGUUAAUGGAGUGUGAUUCGAUGAUAUCACUCUCAUAACAUCAAGUUCAAUAGCUAGGAUUUGUUAGAAAUAAAAUUUAAUUCAAUUCAAAA